AUGGUGGCUACAGGUACUGCUCACAAAGAGCAGCGACAGCUGCGGGGUGACGCGCAGGACUAUCAAGUUCUAGGUGACGAUAAGACUACAGUGUUUUCUCUUCCACAUCUCAAUGAAGCACAUGGGCCUCUUUGGUUCACAUCAGGUAAUCCACGGCGCCGCUUCCAAGAUCGGCACAGGAGCUCAUUGCCGCGGUUUCUAGUUGCUGCGGCUUUAAUCCUGUCCAUUUUGGUCAUUGGGGUCAUCUGCAAAGCUGCCCGAGAGGUUCCGCAGCGGCAACCAGGAUCAACACAUCGCCGCCUGGCCUCUGACUGGAGACCAGACGAAAGUGCUGAACUAUGCCAGAUAGCGGAGCACUGCCUGGAGCUGGAAGCAGACAUGGGUAUCGCUCAGCCAGCGGCACAGGCUACUGCUGGCGGAGGGCCUCUACAGAAGAUAGAAAAGCUGGUGGCCAUGUUGCAGGAAGCGGCAGAGGCCCACGAGCAGCAACGUACGGAAGGAAAAAAGUGCGUAGAGGAGCCCGAAGGUGUGAUGGAUCCCUCUUCUCAGGGCGCGGCCAAUCCAGCGCUUACCAGCCUAGGUCCUCAUCUGCACCAACUUGACGGCGACUCUUCAGCAGGGCCCGCUCUUAUCCCGGCGCCCCCAGCAAUAUCUUCUGCAGGAGGAAAUGCCUCUGAGCGGAGUUAUGUAACGUAUCAUAGCCAUGGGGUGCUGGGCGUGGUUUCACCGCUCUCAGCUAUCCAAGUUGAGGGAGCGUGCUCACAUAGUGCUCUGCAGGGACCUCCUAGGGCAUCUCCAAAAGUGCAUCCCUGUGCCGGUCAUCCUUUUGUGCGUUUGCCGUCUGUGGAGUUUGGUGUCAAGCCACGACACUUGGUGCCACAGCGUUUUUUCCUGCACAGUCGCACCAAUCUAUCGCCCUUCCCCUAUAUGAGGACUUUGCGGCAGCUACUGAUCCGAAAGUCGCUUGAUCAAGCGGGAGCUGAAGCUCUUAUGGACGCGUUGGAAAAGUUGGUAGAUAUUAUAUGGACCCAGGCGCAGGGCAGGACCCAGCAGAGGCGACCAGCUGUGGCCGUGUCCUUGCUGGGAAAGGACUUUAUCGCCAUGGAUUUCAUCGUUUCUGCCAUACAGUUGUUUAGAGAAGCCAUGGAGCUGAACUCAUGGUGGGGAAAGUUCAUUUCUGGCUUCCGAACGAAUUAUUACUUUCAUGGGGCGGGCUCUGUCCGCCCCCGCGUCCGUAACCACAACACACAAUUAGUGAACCGGCUGCUUAGCGCGAUGCGUAUAUAUAAACAAGGACUUCGCCCGUCAUUAGAUGAAGUAAUCGCGUUGAAGCGUAUGCUUUUUUGUUCACCCUCGGCCCCCAAGCCAUUCACAGAACACUACUACGACGCCUGGAGACAUGAUGACGACCUUUUCGUAAAGGAGCAGCUGAAGAGGCAACAUCUACAGAGUGUAGAAACUCAUGCACUGUUGGAGGGAUCAAAUUCUCCUGGGGAAGACAUUGAUAGCCAAGCAGAUAGUAGCACGCAUGCACAGGGAGACGGACACAUGCAAACAUAG